AUGGAGAUAGCACUGCAAGGUGACAGCAAGGGUAUUCUCUACGAGGGCUACACAAAGGCCUUCAAGCAAUGCAUUUUCGAAGAAGGAGAUGUUGAGGGAAAGAACGAACGAUAUGAAUUCCGCUGUGACUAUGAUCUCGAAUGCUGCGGCCGAACCUGCUGUAUUCCAACGCCAGCCACUAUUCCUCUCUGGCUGAUGAUUCUCAUGAUCGUGGCUGCUGCCUUGCUUCUAUUGUUAUUGUUGUCUUGUCUCCUUUAUUACUUGUCUAAAUGGUGGAAAUCUCGCCCAAAGAAAGACAUGAAUGCAACCUCUUCCUCUACCGGUAACAAGUACUCUGCCCUUCGUAACAAUGGUGAUCUAAUUGAUGAAUACGCAUUCCAAGAACAGAAGUACAGUACACCUGAUGACAUCUACAGUGCUUAUGGUAGGAAGUACGAGACAACUGGAUCGAGAAACGGCGGAUAUAGAAAUGGCUAUGGAAAUGGACGAAACUUGGAUAUUGAAAGAUCAGGAGGACCAGAUGAUGGAUAUCGUAGAAGAGAGUAUGCAGUAACUCAAAACUAUCUGAGAAGACCAUCUAACAAUGUGUAUGAUAGUGACAGUGGAUCAAUGGUUCAUCAUGGAAUCCACGAAACUGUUGAAGAGAGUUUCAAACAAGAGAUAACAUAUGAACGCCCGGUUUCUACUGACUCCCGAGAAAUGUUGUGA